AUGAGGCCGUGGACCAAAGCCCACUGCCUGGGGCGCACCCUGCGGGACUCCUGGAGGGGCUUCCUGCCGCUCACCCUGGCUCUCUUCGUGGGCAUGGGUCAUGCCCAAAGGGACCCUUUGGGGAGAUAUGAUCCGCUUGGCGGAGAAGCGAAUCGGCUGCGGCGCCCUGGGGGCAGCUACCCCGUAGCGGCUGCCGCCAAGGUGUACAGUCUGUUCCGAGAGCAGGACGCGCCCGUCCUGGGCUUGCCGCCCGCAGAGCGGGCUCAGCUGGGCUGGGGGAGCCCCAGGAGGCUCGCCGAGGCGGAGGCCAGGAGGCCGCCCCGCGCGCAGCAGCCGCGGCGAUUCCAGCCACCUGCGCAGAUCCGGAGAAGCACUCUGGGCCAGCAGCAGCCCGCAACCCGGCCCCGUGCCGCGCCGGCUCUUCCGCGCCUUGGGACCCCACAGCGGUCCGCGGCUGCGCCCCCAACCCCGCCGCGAGGGCGGCUCACGGGCUUUGGUCAUGCCAUCUUUGACCACUGUGAACAGAGUGAAGGCAAGCGCCUCCAAGCUGUGUGCCAGCCACCGUGCCAGAACCGCGGCUCCUGCAGCCGGCCCCAACUCUGCGUCUGCCGCUCUGGCUUCCGUGGAGCCCGCUGCGAAGAGGUCAUUCCUGAUGAGGAGUUUGACCCCCAGAACUCCAGGACAGCACCCCGACGCUGGGCCGAGGGCUCACCCAAUCUGCGCAGGAGCAGCGUGGCCAGAGAAAUCCCUGUGGCCAGGACACAGCCACUGGCUCCACAGCCACCACUGGCAGGGACCCUGAACGCGCUCAGCCAGACUCGCCCUUCCCAGCAGCAAGUGGGACCGUCCAGAACUGUCCGACUUUAUCCAACUGCUGCGGCCAGUGGCCAGCUGACUUCCAAUGCCCUGCCCUCAGGACCAGGUCCUGAGCAGAGAGAUGGCACCCAGCAGGGUCUGGACCACCUCUCAUCUCCCUGGGGGCUGAACCUCACAGAGAAAAUCAAGAAGAUCAAGAUCGUCUUCACUCCCACCAUCUGCAAGCAGACCUGUGCCCACGGGCACUGUGCCAAUAACUGUGAACGGGGAGACACCACCACCCUGUACAGCCAGGGUGGCCAUGGGCAUGAUCCCAAGUCUGGCUUCCGCAUAUAUUUCUGCCAGAUCCCCUGCCUGAACGGAGGCCGCUGCAUCGGCAGGGAUGAAUGCCAGUGCCCCACCAACUCCACGGGGAAGUUCUGCCACCUGCCUGUCCCGCAGCUAGACAGGGAGUCUCCAGGGAGGGGCUCCCACCGUGGGAUCCUGCUGGAAGCCCCCCUGAAGCAGUCCACCUUCACAUUGCCUCUCUCCAACCAACUCGCCUCCGUGAACCCCUCCCUGGUGAAGGUGCACAUUCACCACCCGCCCGAGGCCUCCGUGCAGAUCCACCAGGUGGCACGGGUGCGGGGUGAGGCGGAGGAGGCCCUGGAGGAGAACAGCGUGGAGACCAGACCCCCGCCUCGGCUCCCUGCCAGCCUGGGCCACAGCUUCUGGAACAGCAACAGCAUCCCUACUUGGUCUGGAGAGCCCCCUCGGCCACUGCCCCCCACAGCACCCAGGACUCGGAGGCUACUGGGCCGCUGUUACCUGGGUGCUGUGAAUGGACAGUGUGCCAACCCUCUGCUGGAGCUGACUGCCCAAGAGGACUGCUGUGGCAGUGUGGGAGCCUUCUGGGGGGACUCCAGCCUGCUCCCAUGCCCCCCAAGAGUUGGAGGUUGUUCCUCCCCAGUGAUUGAAAAUGGCCAGCUGGAGUGUCCCCAGGGGUAUAAGAGACUGAAUCUCACUCACUGCCAAGAUAUCAAUGAAUGCUCCACCCUGGGCCUGUGCAAGGAUGCAGAGUGUGUGAACACCAAGGGCAGCUACCUGUGCACAUGUGGACCUGGCCUCAUGCUGGAUCCAUCCCGGAGCCGCUGUGUGUCGGACAAGGCCAUCUCCAUGCUGCAGGGGCUGUGCUAUCGGUCCCUGGGGCCUGGCACCUGUGCCCUGCCGUUGGCCCAGCGGAUCACCAAGCAGAUUUGCUGCUGCAGCCGUGUGGGCAAAGCAUGGGGCAGCAAGUGUGAGAAAUGCCCCCUGCCUGGCACAGAGGCCUUCAAGGAGAUCUGCCCUGCUGGCCAUGGCUACACCUACUCGAGCUCAGACAUCCGCCUGUCCAUGAGGAAAGCUGAGGAGGAGGAGCUGGCCAGACCCUUGAAGGAGCAAGGGCAAAAGACCAGUGGGACGCUGCCUAGGCCAGCAGAGAGACAGCCACUCCGGGCAGCCACGGACACCUGGCUUGAGGCUGGGACCACCCCUGAUGAGGGUGACUCUCAGGCUGGACAGGUCACCCCCAGUGUCACCCGUGUACCUGCCUGGGUCCCAGGGGAUGCCGAGGGAAGACCAACGCCACCACUACCUGAACAGGGAACUCCAGGGAUCCAGGAAGAAGAGCGAGUGACCCCUUCUACCAAUGUGCUGAUGACUCUGGGCCCUCCAGGCAUUGAUAGAUGUGCUGCUGAAGCCGCCAACAUCUGUGGCCCUGGAACCUGCGUGAACCUUCCAGACGGAUACAGAUGUGUCUGCAGCCCUGGCUACCAGCUGCACCCCAGCCAGAACUACUGCAUAGAUGACAAUGAGUGUCUGCGGGACCCCUGCAAGGGGAAAGGGCGCUGUGUCAACCGCGUGGGUUCCUAUUCCUGCUUCUGCUACCCUGGCUACACACUGACCACCACUGGGGCCACACAGGAGUGCCAAGAUGUAGAUGAGUGUGAGCAGCCAGGAGUGUGCGCUGGGGGGCAGUGCACCAACACGGAGGGCUCAUACCACUGCGAGUGUGAUCAGGGCUACAUCAUGGUCAGAAAAGGACACUGCCAAGAUAUCAACGAAUGCCGUCACCCUGGCACCUGCCCAGAUGGGAGAUGCGUCAACUCCCCCGGCUCCUACACUUGCCUGGCCUGUGAGGAGGGCUACAGAGGCCAGAGCGGGAACUGCGUAGACCUGAAUGAGUGCCUGACCCCUGGGGUCUGCGCCCAUGGGAGGUGCAUCAACCUGGAAGGCUCCUUCAGAUGCUCUUGUGAGCAAGGCUACGAGGCCACCUUAGACGAGAAGGGCUGCCAAGAUGUGGAUGAGUGCGCCAGCCGGGCCUCGUGCCCCACGGGCCUCUGCAUCAACACUGAGGGCUCCUUCACCUGCUCUGCCUGCGAGAAUGGGUACUGGGUGAAUGAGGAUGGCACCGCCUGCGAAGACCUAGAUGAGUGCGCCUUCCCCGGAGUCUGCCCGUCUGGAGUCUGCACCAACACCGUCGGCUCCUUCACCUGCAAGGACUGUGAUGAGGGCUACCGACCCAGCCCCCUGGGCCACACCUGUGAAGAUGUGGAUGAGUGUGAAGACCCCCACAGCAGCUGCCUGGGAGGGGAGUGCAGGAACCUAGCCGGUUCCUACCUGUGUCUCUGUCCCCAGGGCUUCCAGCUGGCCAAUGGCACCAUGUGUGAGGACCUGGACGAGUGUGUGGGGGAGGAGCACUGCGCGCCCCAUGGCGAGUGCCUCAAUAGCCAUGGGUCCUUCUUCUGCCUGUGUGCGCCUGGCUUUACCAGCACAGAGGGGGGCACCAGCUGCCAGGAUGUGGAUGAGUGUGUGACCACAGACCCGUGUCCGGGAGGCCACUGUAUCAACACGGAGGGCUCCUUCGACUGUCUGUGUGAGACUGGCUUCCAGCCCUCCCCAGAGAGCGGGCAGUGUGUAGAUAUUGAUGAGUGUGAAGACUACGGAGACCCAGUGUGUGGGGCCUGGAGGUGUGAGAACAGCCCUGGCUCUUACCACUGCAUCCCAGGCUGUCAGCCUGGCUUCCACAUGGCGCCGAAUGGAGACUGCAUUGACAUAGAUGAGUGUGCCAACGACACCAUGUGUGGGAGCCAUGGCUUCUGUGACAACACUGAUGGCUCCUUCCGCUGCCUCUGUGACCAGGGCUUUGAGAUCUCGCCCUCAGGCUGGGACUGUGUGGAUGUGAAUGAGUGUGAGCUCAUGCUGGCGGUGUGUGGGGCUGCGCUCUGUGAGAACGUGGAGGGCUCCUUCCUGUGCCUCUGCACCAGCGACUUGGAGGAGUAUGAUGCACAGGAGGGGCGCUGUCGCCCGCGGGGGGCCGGAGGUCAGAGUAUCCCUGAAGCCCCAACAGGGGACCAGCACCCAGGGCCCCCCCGCAUGGAAUGCUACUCUGGACAGCCCAGCCACCCACCCUGCUCCAGCAUCUUGGGCCAGAACACCACACAGGCUGAGUGCUGCUGUACCCAGGGUACCAGCUGGGGAGAUGCCUGUGACCUCUGCCCAUCUGAGGACUCUGUUGAAUUCAGUGAGAUCUGCCCCAGUGGUAAAGGCUACAUCCCUGUGGAAGGAGCCUGGACAUUUGGACAGACCAUGUACACAGAUGCCGAUGAGUGUGUGAUGUUUGGGCCUGGUCUCUGCCCCAAUGGCCAGUGCCUCAACACGGUGCCUGGCUACGUCUGCCUGUGCAACCCUGGCUACCACUACGACGCCUCCCACAGGAAGUGUGAGGAUCAUGAUGAGUGCCAGGACAUGGCCUGUGAGAACGGCGAGUGUGUGAACACAGAGGGCUCCUUCCAUUGCUUCUGCAGCCCCCCCCUCACCCUUGACCUCAGCCAGCAGCGCUGCGUGAACAGCACCAGCAACACAGAGUAUCUCCCUGACCAUGACAUCCACAUGGAUGUCUGCUGGAAAAAAGUCACCAAUGACGUGUGCAGCCAACCCCUGCGUGGGCACCGCACCACCUAUACGGAAUGCUGCUGCCAAGAUGGCGAGGCCUGGAGCCAGCAAUGUGCUCUGUGCCCCCCUAGGAACUCUGAGGUUUAUGCUCAGCUGUGCAACGUGGCCCGGAUUGAGGCAGAGCGGGAAGCUGGGGUCCACUUACGGCCAGGCUAUGAGUAUGGCCCUGGGCCCGACGACCUGCACUACAGCCUCUAUGGGCCCGAUGGGGCCCCCUUCUACAACUACCUGGGCCCUGAGGACACCAUCCCAGAGCCCCUCUUCCCCAACACAGCCAGCUACCCAGAGGACCACACACCAGUCCUUGAGCCUCCCUUGCAGCCCUCAGAACUCCAGCCCCACUAUGUGGCCAGCCAUCCAGAGCCCCCGGCCGCCUUCGAAGGGCUGCAGGCGGAGGAGUGCGGCGUCCUGAAUGGCUGCGAGAACGGCCGCUGCGUGCGCGUGAGGGAGGGAUACACCUGCGACUGCUUUGAGGGCUUCCAGCUGGACGCGGCGCACAUGGCCUGCGUGGAUGUGAAUGAGUGUGAGGACUUGAACGGGCCUGCUGUGCUCUGUGCCCACGGUUACUGUGAGAACACAGAGGGCUCCUACCGCUGCCACUGCUCCCCAGGUUAUGUGGCUGAGGUCGGCCCCCCACACUGCAUCGCCAAGGAGUAG